CCCGCCGCUGCGCUGCGACCGCCGAUCCAACAUGGCCGCCCGCGGAGCGCCGGAAGCACCGCCCACUUCCGCUUCCGGCUCCCCUCCGCCGGGCGGACCACGCCCACAGCCACGGAGCGGGUUCGGCCACGCCCCCCACCCGCGGCGCCCCGGUCACGCCCCCGACCACGCCCCGCCGCCGCGUUCGCCGUGUCCAUGGCAACGGCGGUCGGGCCGCCGGUGGCGGGCGGUGCCCCGCGGCGCAGCCCCGGGCCGGCAGGGGGCGCCGGCCGGCGGAAGCGGCGCGGGCGGAAGCGGCGCCGUUUCCAGGUAACGGCGGCGCGGCCGGGGCCGGUUCCGGUGGCGGGGCCGGUUCCGGGGCGAUGAGCGGCGGGGCCGGGCGGCGGCGGCGGCGGCUGGUGCUACACGUGGACCUGAACAACACGGUGGUGGCGGCGGACGCGGUGUCGGGGCAGGGCCCGCGGGCGGCGCUCAACACCUUCCUCAGCACCGUCACCUGGGGCCGCGCCGGGGCCGCCGGCGAGUGGCAGUGGGCGAGCGACCGCCCCUCUCUGGGCCCCCCCUGCCCCGGAGCCCUCAGCUACUACAGCCGCCACGGCCGGGACCCGGCCUUCACCGAGGCGGGCCCGGGCCGGUGCUUCGGCGGCCUCCACGCCCGCCACCUGCAGCUGCUGGAGUGGCCGGGCCGGCCGCACGACGUCUUCUCGGUGCAGGGGGAACCCAGCAAGCGCUACCACCUGAUCCUGCCCGCCUUCUUCCGCCUCCUGGACACCCUGCACCGGGAAGGGAGGACGUUCGCCGUCGUCUUCAGGACCUUCGGCACAGACCUGCCCCGAGCCCUCCGGGCCGUCAGCUGUGCCCUGGCCGGGCAGCACCCCCAGUUCCCCACCCUGCGGGACGUGGCGCUCCCUGUGGACCUCAACCCUGGCCAGAUACGCUGCAGCAAGCGAGAGGUGGUGCUGACAAGGGGAGCAGAGCGGCUGGCCACCCGGGAAGAUGGAAGAAAGCUUUAUGACUACUUCAGCUCCUUUGAGGGAAUUGGAGGCUUCCAAGACCACUUUGACUGGUGGGCCAGAAAUCAGUUCUCUUCCCGGGGUGGGAAGCCCCUGUGGAUUGACCCCCACGAUCCCAGCAUUCACCACAUCUUCAUCGAUGACAACAUCCGGCUGGACGAUGAGGACACCAUUGUUCAUCCCCAGGUGUUUUCGGAGCAAGGCAGCAGCAGCCCCAGGCGCGCUCCCACCUCGGAGCUGUACGACGUUUGCUUGGUGCAGAAUGACCUGCUGGAGGCCAUUGCUGACGAGGACUAUUUCCUGCGCUGUGUGAGGAGGUGCGAGGAGAACUACGACCGCUACCUGGCCUGCAUGGAGAAGGACACCCCGAGCCAGCGGUGGGAUGGAUAGUGAUGCCACCUCGCAGGGCCGAGGGGCUCUGGACUGGGACAAUCCCUGCUUCCUGUUGCAUGCAGGCAAAGUCCUGGGCCGGGCUCCUGCUUCAAGCUCUCCCCUCUCCGAUGUGUGACAUGCCUUUUCAGUCCUACCAGGAGCCUCCGUGCCUGCGCACAAGCAUCCUGGGAGCUUGUGUGACAGGAUCCCUGGAGAAAACGGCCUUCCUUUCUUUGGCAGCGCUAUGGGGAGCUGCCUGCCUGGCUGGAGCCCCUCUGCAGGCAGCACUGCCCGUCUUGACUGCUCCUGUGUGAGGGCUGGGACUCGCAGUGCCCCUGCGCUCGCCAGGCAGGGCCCUCCUGCCGCGGCAGUAAUGUAAGCAGCCACACAGUGCUCACGCCUCCCUUCCUGCUCCUGCACCGGUGGCUGGUGUGGAGCAGGUGCCGGGGUGAGCGCAGCGUUACCGGCGGCACGCCUGAGUGUCAUUUGCGCCGUGGUGUUCUCCUUGGCAGAGCUAGCGGUGCCGUGUCACUUCUGCCUGUUUUUAAAGCAAACCUUUUUAGCUCGUU